AUGAAGGCGUUGUCGGCGUCACCUCGGUUGGACAAGAUGUCGACGCAAUCUCGCAAUACUUUGGACAAGUCUUCUGCUGAGUAUUCCGAUGGCAAUGCCUCGCAGUCCACUCUGGAUCAGAUCAUCGACAUCCCCGAGGUCCCUCGCAAAAGUUUGGGCCGCCCUUCAUGGAAUCAGACAACACCCAACGAGAAUGAGAUUGCGCAGCUGCCUCAGCUCCUCGUCUCCCUGGAAUCGUCAUCUGGCGUUGAAGACUACCUGGAUCCGGCGCAAUUCUAUCACGGCCUUUCCGAAAAUGGAUUGCAAAUCUUUUGCAACUCAGAUUCGUCAACUGAUGAGACCCAAAACCAAAACAAAGUCUCUGUCAUAAUGGACAGCAUCACUCGCAAAAUCGACGCCCUGCUGAACACGUCUCAGCUUGUAUUCUCUUCUAGGACACCUUCCGAAUCUUUCUGCGACAGCAUCCUUUCCAACAUUUCUGCCAUUCCAGAGCCGCUAUGCCUUCGAGGCAACACUCUCUACUGUGUAUCAGCAAAGCCCAAGCCUUUGAGAAUUCUGAAAACGAGCAACCGUGGCCCUACUCCUGAUCCUCCAGCCAGCCCUGCGUUAAUGCAUCCCAAAAGGGACACCACCACCGUGCUGAACUUUGAGAAGACCACACUCACGGACAUCACUGAGGAGUCCAUACUGCACAUCUCUGCUAUGCCUGCGCCUCUUUGUCUUAACAACAAUAAAUCAAAGGCCUCCAACAAAGCUGCAGUGCGCUGUCACAUCCAAAACGAACAGUACGACAAAGAAAACAUGGCGCCCUUGGAGGCUGAACAAACACAGCAGGCCAGAAGACAAGCUGAUUUGCGAUGGGCCGAAUGGACUCUUGGAGCGCACAACUCUGGUUCCUUCUUUGGACAAUGCGCAUAUCCUAAGAAAGCCACAAAGCGCACUGAUUUGGGGGAGGCCUAUCCCUUCUCAAACCAGGAAUUCUCCAUCUACGUCGAUGAUGAGCACCUCAAGUUGUCAGCCCCUAAGGAGGCCAAUGAUGGUCUCAUGACUCAUUGCCUACACCUGAUGAGCGCAAAAGAAAGUUCAACAGGCCUCGAGCUCUGUCCCGUUGACAACGCACCUGUUCUCCCUUCUCGCAAUCCUCUCCUUGACCACAGCUUGAUCUUCAGUCAUAACGAGAGCUCCAUGUCUACCACAAGCUUCCAGGAGGCUUUAUCGGAGACGGUCCGCGGCACACCCCGUGCCAGCGAGCCACACGAGACUCCCUGCCCACAGCGGCAAAUCGACAUUGAUUCACUUGUCUACGAAAUUGCGCAGCCCUCGCACGAAAACGUAUACGGCGAAGACGGUGUACUCGUCGAAGAGUCUAACGAAGCCGAGCACAGCGUUGCCCACUUUGCUGACCUUGACGAUCAACUGCAAUAUGGCCGAGUCUAUCCUAGCCAAGUGCUGUUGUGGCCUAUCCACCACCCCUCAGAGACUGGUGAUCCUACAGGUGACGUAGAUGGUCCGUACAACUUUGCUGUUCCUUGCGAACCGGACGCAUACCCUCCAUCCCAACCCAGGUUGCCUGAGAUAUCUCGAUGCGAUGACCUUCGAUCUUUGAGAGAGAGAUUUGACCUCCUAUAG